AUGAGUGAUGCCAAGAACGCAGACACGCCCUCGCAAGGCGACGCCGCGAUACAGCAGCAGCAGCAGCAGCAGCAGCCCCCAGACGCAGACGAGCUCUGGCACCUCUCGCUCAACGACUCCCAGCCCGACACGGUCGUCCUCCUGCACGGCCUCGGCAGCUCGCACUUCGAAUGGGAGCUCGUCUGGCCGCACCUCAGCGCCUACCACCUCCUCGUGCCGGACCUUCCUGGACACUCCUCCUCGGCGGCCCUCUCGCCAUGCACCAUCCCCGCACAGGCUGAGCGCGUCGCCGCCCUGAUCCGUCGGCGCGCGCACGGCGGCGUCGCCCACCUCGUCGGCCUCUCCAUGGGCGGCUUCGUGGCUGUCGAGACGGCGCGCGCGCACCCUUCCCUCACGCGCUCCGUCUUCGGCUCCGGCUGUGGCCCCUUCGCCGGCUGGCGCAUGUGGGCGGCGCGGUACCCCGGCGUGCUGGUCGCGCUGCAGGCCGCGCACGGCAUGCUGCCGCUGUGGCUCGCCGACUGGGUCAACGACGCGGCGUGGAGGGCGCAGGGGCUGACGGUGCCGGACGGCGCGAGACGCGAGAUCAGGCGCAACGCGCGCGGGGCGCUGGUCAGGGAGGUGUUUGGCAGCAUCGCCCUCGUGGAGCUGGAUUCGCUGCGGGCGGUGUCGGUCAGGGCGCUGGCCGUGACGGGCGGGAAGAUGGAGGAUGUCGAGGCGACGAGGAGGCUGGGCGCGGCGCUCAAGGCGGGAUGCGCGGAGAGCAGGGCUGCCAUCGUCAGGGAGGCGGUGCACCCGUGGAACUUGCAGUUCCCGGAGCUGUUUGCCAGGGGCAUCUGCGCGUGGAUCGAGGGAGAGCCGUUGCCUGACGAGUUUGAGGAUCUCCCCGAGACGCCACCGGCUGAGUAG